UCCUCUCGUUUCCCUCCUUGAUAGUUGAAGUUGAUGAUUCCUCUUCACUAAUAAAAAAAACCCUUCACCCCCCUCCCCCUCUUUCUCUCUCUGUCUCUCCAAAUCCGCCAUUUUCUUCUCCUCUAUCCGGCCUUCAUAUUCUGUCGAGAUUCUAGAAAUCCCCCUUUCAAAUGGAGGUAUCACCUUCAGAAGAUUCAAUUGAUGGCUCCCAGCUACUCCCUAUUACAGGAGAAGACAGGGUUUACGUUGUUCCUUAUAAGUGGUGGAGGGAGGCGCAAGAUUCUUCGACGUUUAGUAAUGUAGAUGACAAUAGAGGGAUCUUAUAUACAGCAUCUUCGACGGCUUCAUCUUAUGGUGCUUUUAAGAUCAUUAAUAUAUUUUACUCGGAUCUUUCUUUUAAUCUUAAGAGGGAAGAGGAAUCUAUGCAAAAUGGUCAUCCUGAAGAGGGGAUCUCAGGGAGGGAUUACGCGUUAGUUCCUGGUGAGAUGUGGUUACAAGCACUUAAAUGGCACAGUGACUGCAAUGUGGCAGCAAAAAAUGCAGGGAGUUUUUCAGGUGCAGAAGAAGAUAUGGCAGAUGUUUAUCCUGUACAAUUAAGGCUUUCUGUCCUGCGGGAAACAAAUUCACUAGCAGUAAAAAUAUGCAAAAAGGACAAUUCACUGGAGCUUUUCAAAAGAGCUUUGAAGAUCUUUAGUGUUGAGUAUGAGCAACUACGCAUAUGGGAUUUUUCUGGGCAGACAACUUUGUUUUUCAUGAGAGAUAGAAAUAAUUUCCCCAAAGAUUGUCAGCGUCAGUCAGAUUCAGAGAUUUUCCUGGAGUUGCAAGUGUACGGGUUGUCAGAUUCCAUGAAGUGCAAAGAAGGAAAGAAAGAGGAACAGACAUUACAACAGUCUAAGAUGUCACUUUCCUCUUAUCGUGGUUCAUUCAUGAGCAAUGGUAGCUCCGGAAAUAUGGACUUGAGUGGUACCAGUGCAACUGGUUCAUUGGGUUUGACAGGAUUACAAAAUCUUGGGAACACGUGUUUCAUGAACAGUGCCAUUCAGUGCCUGGCACAUACUCCAAAGCUUGUUGACUAUUUUCUUGGGGACUAUAGUCUAGAAAUCAACCGGGAUAAUCCACUGGGCAUGGAUUUGCUCAUCAUCUUGGGAGAAGUAUAUUGUUGGUUGGAUCACUUUCUCAGUCUCUUAAGUGUCCCACUUCUUGCUCAGGGUGAAGUUGCUUUAGCAUUCGGGGACUUGUUAAGGAAACUUUGGGCUCCUGGUGCAACUCCGGUGGCACCACGUCUUUUCAAGUCAAAGCUUGCUCAUUUUGCUCCUCAAUUCAGUGGUUUUAACCAGCACGAUUCACAGGAGCUUCUUGCUUUUCUGUUGGAUGGUCUUCAUGAGGAUCUGAAUCGCGUGAAAUGCAAGCCAUAUGUUGAAGCUAAGGAUGCAGAGGGUCGUAAAGACGAAGAAGUAGCUGAUGAGUAUUGGCGGUACCACCGUGCUCGAAAUGACUCUAUCAUAGUUGAUACAUGCCAGGGCCAGUACAAGUCUACACUAGUGUGUCCUGUUUGCAAUAAGGUCUCCAUCACAUUUGAUCCCUUCAUGUACCUCUCUCUUCCGCUUCCUUCAACGAUGAUGAGGACAAUGACUGUGACAGUUUUGAGCACUGACGGGAGUAGUGGACCAUCUCCUUGUACUAUAACUGUUCCCAAAUAUGGAAAGUGCAAGAAUCUAAUUCAGGCCUUAAGUGCUGCAUGUUCGUUAAAGAAUAGUGAGGCUUUAUUGGUUGCGGAGAUAUACAACAAUCGGAUCAUUCGUUACCUUGAGGAACCAUCAGAUUCAUUGUCCUUGAUUAGAGAUGAUGACCAGCUUGCUGCCUAUCGAUUGCCAAAAGAGCACGAGGAGCUCCCUUUAGUGGUCUUCAUGCAUGAAAGGCUGGAGGAGCAGUGCAUCUAUGGAAAGAUGACAUCAACAUGGAGAACAUUUGGAAUUCCUCUUGUAGCAAGGUUACACAACAUUGCUAGUGGAUUGGAUAUCAGGAACCUGUAUUUGAAGUUAUUAAGACCUGUGGAAGUUGCCUCAGAUGAUACUGAUAAAAGUAGAGGCACAACUGCAGAUGAUGAAGUUUCUGGUAUGAAGUUAUUAAGACCUGCAGAAGUUGCAUCAGAUGAUACUGAUAGCAGAUCCACUACUGCAGAUGACGAGGUUUCGGGUAUGGAAUUAUUAAGACCAGCAGAACAAGCAUCAGAUGAUAUUGAUAAUAGUAGAGGCGCCACUGCAGAUGACGAGGUUUCUGAUAUGGAGACAGGGGAUGUGAAAAACCCUCCGGAUAUUCUUGAUGAUGCAUCAGUUGAUUAUUCACAUUCUGAAAUUGAAUUGGACUUUUUCCUCACCGACGAGAAGGGUAUAAGGAUAAAGGAUGCCAAAAUGGAAUUGAUUGAACCAAUAACGCUAUCUGCAACAGGGUUCCCCAGGCGAUUAAAUGUACUCGUAUGUUGGCGAGAUAAAAUGAAUGAAUGCUAUGAUACACGUCUCCUUAGUUCAUUACCUGAGAUUUCAAAAUCAAGUUUUCUUAGUAAGAGACCGCAGGACUCUGUUGAAUCUGUUUCUCUAUACUCAUGCCUCGAAGCCUUUUUGAAAGAUGAGCCUCUAGGACUAGAAGACAUGUGGUACUGCCCGAGUUGUUUGAAGCAUCGGCAAGCGAGCAAGAAAUUAGAUCUAUGGAGACUUCCGGAGAUUCUCAUUAUUCAUUUGAAAAGAUUUUCAUACAGCCGAUUCAUGAAGAACAAGCUGGAGACGUUUGUGGAUUUCCCGAUCCAUGACCUUGAUUUGUCUAAUUAUAUUGCAUGGAAGGAUGGUGAGUCAUCAUACAGAUAUGUGUUGUAUGCAGUUAGUAAUCAUUAUGGGAGCAUGGGAGGUGGCCAUUAUACAGCAUAUGCCUAUCACGGGGGUAAUCAAUGGUUUGAUUUUGACGACAGUCAUGUUUCUGCCGUAAGUGAAGACAAAAUAAAGACAUCAGCAGCCUAUGUUUUAUUCUAUCGAAGAGUACGCGAUGCAUAAUUAAUCUCAUAUAGCAGUAGAAAUAUUAAUUCAUUAACCAUUAACUAAGAAAAUCUUGUUCUCGAAGUUAAAAUUAACUUAACCUAUUUUCUGGGUUAUUGUCAGAUUCCCUUUUUAAGAAACUUUAGGUAAUAUACUGAAACAAUGUACCAGUUCCCAGAGUUAUCAUUCUUUAGUCAUCUGCAUUAUCUAGAUUGCAUUUUCUUCUAUUAGAGAGAUAGAAGCGUCAAAGAUCUGAGACAGGCAACAAGAAAAUUGGAAAUGUUAUAUUCAAGCUCUGGAUGAUGUCGAGGAUGACUGUAACAUAGUGGCAGACUUUAUUUUUACUUAGGAAAUUAAUUUAGUAAGAAUAUUAUUUUUUCCAAGUAAUAUUGUUUCAUAAAUAGCUAUAAUCUUUGUUGGAGGGUUUCUAGUUGUAACUGCUAAGUUGUUUUACCAAUGUUAAACUUUUGCGAUGCACCGACUACGUGGUACUGUUCUUCUUUUUUACUACCACAUACAUUA